CAGUGUUGGUUUGAUUUUAUUACUCCGGGAAAGUUCACACUUAUAGUCGAAAUGGAGGAGAACUCCUCGGUUCUUUGUUAUAUUUUUAUUAUCAAUGGAAACACAUUGUAUGUAUGUAAGUCUUGUGUUUACAGAACCCAGUCAGUGAAUGCAGGUUCUAUGUUUUAUGUUUCUUAAUUAAACUGCGUAAAUUCAAGGUUUUCCUUCGUGCAACUUUAGAGGAAGAGAACACUUUAAGGCAUUGCACGCAGGCAGCUGCUGUGACGCCUAACGGAGAGACGAGGUGCGUGAGGGUCGACUUCUCUCUCAGAGGAAGUGCAGAGAGCCGUCAGUGUGCGCUCCGACAGGAUGCUGUUGACACCUUUCUGUCUGGUGAUGUGUGAGUACAAACUCUUCUUUUUACUGUAGAACAUAAUCUCUGCUGAUGAUUUAGUGCCUUUGAAUUCAUUGAAUCACUGAUUUGUGUAUUUUCUCUGUUUACCUUGUUUCUUUCUUAUUUGUUCUCUCAAUCUGUCAUUUUUGCUGCCCCCCUCGCUUUUAUUUGUCAUCAUGCUGUUUUUCUUACAUUUCCUAUUUGUAUUCCUUUUUUGCGUUUUUUUAUUAUUGUUUUCAUAUUUCUUUCUUCUUGUAUACUUUUCAUACUUCACCAUUCUUGUCACACUUUUCUUCUUUUUGCGGUCUCUCUCUCUCUCUCUCUUCUUCCUGUUUUCUUUCUUACUGUUUUAUUGUCCAUUCUUUACUUUAUUUCUUUUCACUUCCUGAUUUUCAAAUGAACUGCGAUCAUUCUUUUGUCACUUCUUGCUGUCCUGUCCUUUCCUUUUUCUUUCCCAUUCCAACCCUCCAAUCCUCCACUCUGCUGUUUCCCUCUUCCUCUUCUUUCUCCCUCUCUUCUUUCCUCCCUUCCUCAGCCUGUCUCCAGGUCGUCCCUGACCGGUCUCAGUUCUACAGGUACAACUCCAUCUCUCUGAGCUGCGAGGAUCAGCUGAACGCCACCGGCUGGAAGGUGAAGAGGAAAACAACGGAGGGCGGGGUCAGACCCUGCACCUCCGGCUGGGGCACCACCUCCUCGGGCUCGGCCUGCGUCAUCGGAAACACCUACCCGUCCGACACCGGGGUGUACUGGUGUGAGUCUGGGGACGGGAACAGGAGCAACAGCAUCAACAUCACCAUCACUGACAGCAGUGUGCUCCUGGAGAGUCCGGCCCUCCCCGUGUCGGAGGGAGCUGCUGUGACUCUGCGCUGCAAAGCCGAGACGGAAUCCCCCAGUCACACGUUUGAUUUCCUUAAAGACGGCCGCGUCGUCCGCAGCAGCGCCACGGGAGAGAUGACCAUUCACAGGGCUUCCAAAUCGGAUGAAGGACUCUACAUUUGCAGCAUCCCUGGAUUUGGAAAAUCGUUAGGCAGCUGGGUGAACGUUGAAAGUUCUCUUCCACCUUCAUCCUCACCUCCACCUGCAGCUUCCCGUUCAGUGUCGGUCACCAGACUGAUGCUCCACGUGUUGGUGGGAACCCCUUACCUGCUGUGCACCAUCUUACUGGCACUCAUAUACAGAGACAGGAACAGAGCUCGGACGGUAGCGGAGAGAAGAGGCAGCAACAAUGUCAUCAUGGAAAUAGUUGUGUAGACCUUCAGACUGGUAAAGGUGGUCCCUGUAUUCUGCAUUUUAUGGGACUUGGCACCACUUGAUGUGCUGGAGAUCCAUUGAUCUGACCAGCAGCAGUUGUAUUAUCCGACUAUAAAUGACGUUCAUGUGUUUAUCUUUCUUUAAAGCUGAAGACGUGAGACUUGUUUGGAUUUAAAUGUCAAUAGAUGUUCACUGCGAUUUAAAGGAAGUGGAGGGUUUAUGUGGUUUACACCAUGCAAACACAAUAAGGUGGGAAGUUUAAGUCCAGUUGUUUGUUUUGCAUUUUUCCAUUUGACAUUUCUUAUCCGUCCAGAAUUUACUCAAAACUUGACUCCAAAUUUUGUAAAUCUUUCACAAAUCUUAAUCCAUAAAUCUUCCUUUUUAUUGUUUAAUUAUUUUUCUUACAUUUGUAUCCUGCUGUAAUAUAAAUGUUACUUUGAAUUAAAAACAGGAAAAGACAUUUUAGCACUUAUUGUGAGUGGCUUGCCUGCACAGGUCAGUUGUGGUAAGAUUGUUCUGAAACUAGGUCGGUGUUAUUUCUAAGAAGUGGAAAGUUUGUACCAUUUUAAAACCCACCCACACGCCAUCAGUAAUGAAAACAUUAAAACUGACAAUGUUGUAAAAAUGACUUAAAAUAAUUUUAUUUGAUUGUUGUUAGUACACUGUAAACAGGUGAAUACAUAUGAGUGUGUGUUUUGGCACAUUUGAUUUAAUGAAAUAACGAAUACGUUUUUUCCGAGAAUGGAAACUCUUGUGGUUAAGUGGAGUUGCUCUCUGUUGUGUUCUGCGGUUAAAACACACAAUAAACUGUCUUGAAAGUUAAAGAGUGUCUCUAACUUUCCUGGUGCAUAAUGUUGUGUUAAUACAAUGCAGUGCUGUGUAUAAUU